AGGCCUCAGAGCUCCGGCGGUGCACGAGGUGCAUACUCAUGUUCUCAGAGGUCAUCCACAGCUCUCCGCCAGCCCAGGAUAUUUUCCUGCACAAUCUGAAGCCACUGCAGCCACCUGGAAAUCUCCAGAAAGUCAAUGUUGCAGAUUCGCUUAAUUUUAUUCAGUCUUGGCCCAUGAACUAUGUACUGGAUGGAGCCGACUGCUAAAGAACGGACUGAAAAAAGUUUCAGUUAUGUUGUCAGAGCCCCCAGCAGUGAUGGGUUUGAUAUAAUGAAUGUUGAUGUGAAGAUCGACACGUCCUGGAUCUUCCAGGAUGUAGAGGAGAGUGGUGAGGAGCAGGGAUGUUUUCCAGAAGGAGCAGCUGGAAGCCCAGACAUGGACACGGGAACACUCAGCAAGCAGCUGGAAUCCUCGGAGCAGAAGCUGUUGGCAGCUGUGGACAAGUACAUGAUGUCGGAGUCUGGGCUGAGGAGCAGGAUUCAGGAGCUGGAGCUGUCGGAGAGGAACCUCCUCCAGAAGGUGGACCAGCUGAGCACACGCGUGUCCCAGGAGCGAAGCGCCUCUCUCCAGGCCCAGGAGCAGCUGGACGCACUGCAGGGGGAGCUUGCCAGUCAGGUUCGGGAGAAGGAGCGCGCGGUCCGGCGGCUGCGGGAGCGACUGCGGCGCAAGGACGCGGCGCUGGGGCGGCAGGCGGCGGCCCUGGAGCGCGGCCGGCGGACCCAGCGGCGCCAGCUGCGCCUGGUGCGCGAGCAGGAGCGCGUCUUGCGGGCGCAGGUGCAGCGGCUGGAGCUGGGCGUGCGGCGCCUCUGCCGCGCCGCCGGCCUCCUGCUGGCCGAGCUGGACGCCCCGAACCCCGGCGGCCCCCGAUCUCCGGGUCCGGUCGACCCCCGAGGCGCCCCCGAAGGGGCCGCGGAGCUGCGCGCGCUGCGGGCCAGGGCCGAGCGCGGCGAGCGCGAGCGGGAUCAGGCGGCGCGCCGGCUGCGGGAGCAGCGCGCCACCGAGCGGCGGCUCCGCGGGCAGCUGGAAGAGCUGCGCUGCUGCAUCUACGGGCUGAAGCUGUCGGAGAUCGGCCUGCAGGCCCAGGUGGAGGAGCUCACCCAGCACAAAGAGAGCCUGCGGGGGGAACUGGGAGCCCAGGACCCCGGGGAGAGAGCGCUCAGCAAGGCCCCCGCUGGUCCCCGUAGUCUGGAUGCCCUGGGCCACAUUCAGGAUGAAUCACUGCCCCUGCCCCGGGAGGAGGCGCUGGAUGCUUGCAGAAGCCAAGACCCCGACGGGGCACCUAGACCAAGGGGCUCAGCAGGCAGGUCUUCCAAGGGGCCUCAUGCCUCGGGCUGUGUCCUGGCUGGACGAGGCCCUCCUGUUUUGGUACCCGGCCCACAAACCAUGAACAAGCCCCCCAGAGACCUUGCAGGAUCUGACCAUGGACAGUUUACUCCAGCAGAGGCCAGCUUGGAUGACCAGACUCUCCUUCUCAUCUGUGGCUGCCCACCGGGGCAGUCCAUGGACGGCUCACCACUCCCCGCAGAGCUGGCCUGGGUUCCAGGGCAGAAGCUCACAGCCAGGCCAGCCCAGGGGUCCUCUCUCCGUCUGCAGGCGUGUGCACGCCCUCCCCAGGGCCGGGCUGCGGGCCCAGCUCCCUUGCUGCUGCCACUCCUGGAAGCUCCCCCAGAAACAUUGCACACCCAACAGGUGCUGGAGGCCCGGCCCCUGCCCGCUCCCUCUGUAGCAGGACACCCCGGCCGGGGCCACCACCGUGCAACAGGCCGCACUGCCUUCCUCGGCCAGGAGGCCUCGCACAUUUCACAUCACCAGUUUCCCAGGAGAGGAUCCGAGGAUGGAAAAGACUCUGGGAAGGAGGGAGGAGGAGCCCCAGGGUCAGGGUGGAGAUUGGAGAGGCGAGAGGUGAGGACUUGGGGCAGAAAGCAGGCAGAAAGCAGGGACAGGUGUCAGCCGGAUCAGGAAAGCGGGGAGAGUCUGAGGGUGGAGGCUGGGAUCAGGGCCCCAGAGGGCGCAUGGAUGAAGGCCAGAUGGAUGAAGGCCGGGGCUUCUGAACCCCUAGCCGCAGCAUCUUGCCCUGGGCUCAGGCGGGAGCUUCCACUGCUUGUUCUUCAAGGGGAGACCUCAGUGUCCUUGGAGGGUCCUGAAUCCCUGAGCAGGAGGGGACACGAGGAAGGGCAUGUCUGGGGCCUCCAACGAGGAGAAGGAGAAGAAGCAGGAGGAGGGCUUUUAUCAGCAUCAUCAGAGGAAGAAGCCGCUGCAGCCACCUUCUCUGGGUCUCAGGGCACCAGUGGGCCGUCUUCAGUGGAUUCCCAGCCCCUUAGAGAGCAGAGCAGAGCCAUUGGGAGAGUUCAGGGCAAGGGGGAAGACCCUGUGUGGUCUGGAAACGCUCUGCUUCCCCCAGAGGGAAGCCCUGGGGAUGAAGGACAGGAAGAAGAGGAGAAGGAGGUGUCCAGCCCGGGUUGCAGGGAUGUCCCGGAGGAGCCUGUCUCGGAGGACGGUGAGGCCGAGGAAAUGCUUUCCUUGCUGGAGGAAGGAGGUUCACCACCGUCUCCUGGAUCGGCCUUCUGGUCCAAGGAGGCCGGAGCCACCCGUCACCCCUCGGCUCCUAGCAGAGGCCCUGACCAGUCUGCACUCAGAAUAGAGGAGUUUGAAAAGGAGAUGGAGGCUUGUUUCCAACACCUCUCCAUCCUGAAGCUUGGGAGAGGGGGGAAUGGAUGGAGAGCUUCCUCGGUGGCAGGAGAGAACUGGGGCUUUGCUCAGAGAUGGUGCAGCUGCCAGGGGGUCGUGCACCCCCAGCAGGCUUUGACAAACCUGGGUUUGGAUAUUUGUUUUGUUGAGGGAGAAAACCCCAAGGAGCCUGGUGAAGAUGUUAAGCCGGGAGAGACUGAGGCCCUGGGAACCUGCAGCCUUCUUCCAGGACUGAUGUUGGAUUUGGUCAACCUGAGCCCGGGCCGUCCAGAGGGGCCCUCCGAGUGUGGUGGGAACCACCUCUCACAGCCGUCGAGAGCCCUUGAAAGAGCACAGAGCAGGUUUCAUCAGCUCAUUUCUGGAUUGAAGAAUGAGAGAAACAACGUUUUAAGUGAUAAUGCCAGGCUUCAGGGAGAUCGGAAGAGAUGCCAUCAAAAACUGUGCGCCCUGGAAAAAGAGAGGGAGAGAAGCAUGAAAAAAAUAUCUGCGCUCGAACAGGGUAAGAGCGUGCUAUUAGGAGACAUCUCUCACUUAAAGAGGGAACUGGACCAGUAUGUGCAGGUCAUUUCUGAGCUUGAAGACUGCAACAGGAAGAGUUACUGCAAGAUUUCUGAGCUCGAAGAGGAAAACGAAAGAUUGAAAGGGCACCUGGGGCAAAUCCAGAAAGCCAUGUCCACGAACAUCCGAAAAUCCAAAGGUGUGAUGGAGCGCAUCACCCUGGAAAACUGGGAGCUCGGUGUGCUGACUUCGGAGCUCGGGGUCAGUUACAAACAGCUGAUAAAGGAUAUCGUCCUGGGAAUAGAAGACAUGAUCCGGGCCUUCAGGGGGGAGAACGAACGCCUUCUAAGAAGGAUCCAAGUCCCGGAAGGGGAGGUUGUGUUGGGGAGCAGCACAGAUGGGGGGCCUUUAGUGAGAGGCCAAGAGCGUCUCCAGGGGAAAAGCACGGUGGACCAGGUGAACACGGUAGAAAGAGGGGUGCAGGUGACUCAGAUUUCAAGGAAUCUGACUGCAAGAGGCCCCGGGCCGCCCUCGGAGCAGGAUAGAGGUCUGGCUGGGGGGUGGACAGGACCGUGCUUAGGCCUGGACAAUUCCAGAUGCGGUGCUGAUUCUACUGCUCCAUCACUGGCCUGGGGAGAUGCCACAGGAUCCGGGGCCCUGCAAGGAAACACCGAUGGGGCAGGAGUGAAAGAAGCGCAUUUGGAGAAAGAGAAAAAAGCACCAAGCUGUUCUGCAGACCAAGGGCGAGUACUGAGGUCCCCGCGCGGUGGCAUCCGGCUCCAGGACCAGGAGGCCUCGGCCUCCGAGGAGGACCUCAGACUGCGCGUCAGACGACUCCAUCACCAAGUACUGACCCUGCAGUGCCAGCUCCGAGACCAGGGGUCUGCGCACCGCGAGCUGCAGGCCGCUCGCGAGGAAGCGGCGCAUCUCAAGGGCAAGCUUGACGAACUUCAGAAAAAGCACCGUGAAGCGAAUUUGGCUGUGACGCCUUUGAAGGCCAAGCUGGCUUCCCUGGUCCAGAAGUGCCGGGAGAGGAACCACCUGAUCACACACCUGCUUCAGGAGCUGCGCAGACACGGGGCGGAGAACCACCUGCUCUCCGGGAUGGCGGACAGCAUGGUGAACGACGUGGCGCUGGCCGAGUGCGCGGCCACCUUCCUGGCUCCGAGGGUCCCAGAGACAAGCCACCACCUGGACGUCGAAUCUGAGAUGACGGCAGUUGUCAGAGUUCAGAAAUGCCUCCUGAAUCCCCAAAUGGACAGUGUCCUGCAGAGACCUUUGCAUUCAGAGUCCUAGCCUGUUCCUGAGACUGAGUGGCCAGCAUGGACAGCUCAACUGGAUUCUUUGAAGCUUCCCCUGCCCUCGGGGCUGAGAGCCGAUCCUGAAAUAUGCCAGGCUUCCGUCACCAUGGAACCAGGGCUCGCUGUGAAAUGUCUGCAAGAAAAAGGCGGAACGUCCUGUCCUGGCCUCCAGUCCGAUGACCUCCUGCCGUCUCCCGAGCUCCUGAGCCCCGCGAGGAUCCUGCCUUUGCACCAAGAGCUUCAGCGAAGCAUCAGCAGCACUUCCCAGAAGCUCAUGGAGAAUCUUGCCUCCUCUGUUCCCGUCCUGUCCCUGCGGACCUGCCGGCUGCUUCCGGUCAGAGCAAACAAAGGUACUUCAUCAUCGGCUCCACGCAACCCCUGGUGACAGAGGACUUGGCUGCCACUGUCUGAGGAAAGAAGACAGUGCAGAGGCAAGUGCAUCAAACUGGAAAAUAUUUACAUCGCUCCCAACUGCCCAGUGGAGCAGAGGUGGCCCCAUGAUUUGAGAUCCCUUCGAGGGAUCUGAACUACAAGCCA